ACGAUGGUCAGUAGAUCCGCCGCUGCCGUAGCCACCAGGUAGCGUGUGGUGCGAGUGGAGAGGCCGCACUUUCCCCGGGACAGGAUCACCAUCGCCACUGAAUUCACUGGGAAACAACAGAAAGAGCGAGUUAAAAAUGACAAGAAAUUUGUAUGCGGGGAUCUUGAACACAACACACCAGUUUUGCUGUCUCUGUCCAGAUAUUUAAGAAGUGGAGCAAGGGAUUCACUCGAUCAUCCUUCCUGCUCAGACUGUGGGGAGGGAUUCACUCGCUCAUCUGACCGACAGGCACGCCUGUCAUUUUACACAGUGGGGAACCCAUUGGUCUGCUCAGACAGUGGGAAUGAAUUCAGUCAGUCAUUUCAACUGAAGGUACAUCAGCAAGUUCACACUGGGCAAGGUCAUUCACUUGUUCUGUGUGUGAGAAGGGAUUCAGUCUGUCUUCCCACCUGUGGACACACCAGUCAGUUCACGUUGGCCAGAGGCUGGUCAUCUGCCGAAUUUAUGGGGAAGGAUUCACUCAGUCAUCUGACCUAAUGGCUCACCAGCGAGUUCAAACCGGGGAACGGCCGUUCACCUGCUCGGACUGCGGGAAGGGAUUCACUUGCUCAUCGAAACUGAAGGUACAUCAGCGAGUUCACACUGGAGAGAGGCCAUUCACAUGCUCAGACUGCGGGAAGGGAUUCACUCAGUCAUGCAACCUACUGGCACACAGGUCAGUUCACACUGGAGAGAGGCCAUUCACCUGCUCAGACUGUGGGAAGGGAUUCACUUGCUCAUCUAAACUGAAGUUACAUCAGCGAGUUCAUACCGGGGAGAGGCCGUUCUGCUGCUCAGACUGUGGGAAGGGAUUCACUCGGUCAUCCACCCUAAUGGCACAUCAGCGAGUUCACACUGGAGAGAGGCCGUUCACCUGCUCAGAGUGUGGGAAGGGAUUCACUUGCUCAUUCCAACGGAAGGUACAUCAGCGAGUUCAUACUGGGGAGAGGCCAUUCACCUGCUCAGACUGUGGGAAAGGAUUCACCCAGUCAUCUCAACUACUCACACACCAGUCAGUUCACACUGGGGAGAGGCCAUUCACUUGCUCAGACUGUGGGAAGGGAUUCACUCAGGCAUCUCACCUACUGAGACACCAGUCAGUUCACACUGGGGAGAGGCCAUUCACCUGCUUAUACUGUGGGAAGGGAUUCACUCAGUCAUCUGAACUACUGUCACACCAGUCAGUUCACACUGGGGAGUGGCCAUUCACCUGCUCAGAGUGCGGGAAGGGAUUCACUCGGUCAUUUCAUCUCCUGAUACACCAGCGAGUUCACACCAGGGAGAGGCCAUUCACCUGCUCAGUGUGUGGGAAAGGAUUCAUGUGGUCAUCUCAUCUACAGAGACACCAGCGAGUUCACACUGGGUAGAGGCAGAUCACCUGCUCAGACAUUGGGAAGAGAUUCUCUCAGUCAUCUCCACCAAAUGUGCAUCAUUAAGUUUACACUGGGGAGAGGUUGUUCAUGUGCUGUGAAUGUGGGAAGCGAUUCACUCAGUAAUCUAACCUUGUGACACACUACUGGGUUCACACUGGGAAAAGGUUUCAAUAAGCUGCAAGCUGGAUAUUUGUCCAUCACUGUUGCUGAAUGCAAUUUUGAGAGUGACUGUCGGUGCUGAACUCUGCAAUUAUUGCUGCUGCUCACCACACCCAGUUCUGCACCCUAGUCCCUGGGCAUGGGGGGAGUUUCUUCUACUGUAUAUUCACCUUUAAUGGAACUGGUGUUUAAUAUUCUGGA